GGGCGGUCCGCGUGCGUGGCAGGGCGCGGCGGGAGAGGAGAGGAGCGGGACAGGGACAGAGACAUGGCCAUGGAUGCGGGCGAGGGGCGGCCGCAGCCCCACCUGGCCGCCCUGGUGCUGGCGCGGGGCGGCAGCAAAGGGAUCCCGCUGAAGAACAUCAAGCUGCUGGCGGGGGUGCCGCUCAUCGGCUGGGUGCUGCGCGCCGCCAUCGAUGCCGGCGUCUUCCACAGCAUAUGGGUUUCCACAGACCACGAUGAGAUUGAGAAGGUUGCAAAGCAGUUUGGUGCUCAGGUCCAUCGCAGAAGCCCCGAAGUCUCUCAAGACUCCUCCACUUCCCUAGAAGCCAUCACAGAGUUUCUCAAUCAACAUCAUGAGGUUGAUAUUGUAGGAAAUAUUCAAGCAACAUCUCCCUGUUUACAUCCCAGUGACCUUAUAAAAGUGGCAGAUAUGAUCCAGAAGGAGGGCUUUGAUUCUGUCUUCUCUGUUGUGAGGAGGCAUCAGUUCAGAUGGAGUGAGGUAAAGAAAGGAGAAAACAAGAUGACAGAACCCCAAAACCUGAAUCCAGCAAAGCGGUACCGGAGGCAAGACUGGCCUGGGGAGCUCUAUGAAAAUGGCUCAUUUUAUUUUGCCAAGAGGCAUCUGAUUGAGAAAGGCUACUUGCAGGGUGGUAAAAUGGCCUACUAUGAAAUGCGUGCAGAGCACAGUGUGGAUAUCGAUAUAGACAUUGACUGGCCUAUUGCAGAGCAGAGAGUGUUGAGCUUUGGAUAUUUUGGCAAAGAGCCACUAAAAGAGGUGAAGCUCUUGGUUUGCAGUAUUGAUGGAUGCCUGACCAACGGUCGCAUUUAUGUGACAGAAGAUCACAAGGAAAUGGUCUCCUACGAUUACAGAGAUAUUGUUGGCAUAGAUCUGUUAAAGAAAAGAGGAAUCCAGGUUCGACUCAUCUCUGACAGAGAUUGUUCAAAAACACUGUCAGCCAUGCAGCUGGGAUGUGUAGCCAAAGUCAACGUAACAAAUAAACUACAGGUUCUGAAGGACUGGCAGGAGGACAUGGGUUUGAGCUGGAAAGAGGUGGCUUACUUAGGAAAUGAGGAGUCUGACGUGGAGUGCCUGAAGCAGGCAGGCAUGAGUGCUGUGCCUGCUGAUGCCUGUGCUGCUGCUCAGAAGGCUGCUGGUUACAUCUGUAAGAGCAGAGGUGGCUGCGGAGCUGUGCGGGAGUUUGCAGAACACAUAUUCCUGCUCUUAGAGAAAGUGAACUCUGCAAGGAAGCAGCUGGAAGAAAUCAGCUCAGCAGGGAAGGAAAUGGGGAGAAAUGAGAACAGCAGGAAAGGAAAUAAGGAACUGAUGGAAAAAGAAUAACGCCAUUGGUCAAUCCUGCUUUUCUUCCUCAGUACAUUCAUAUCCCAAAGGAAUGCUUGCCUUUCUAAUUUGACAGCACAGUAGAGUUAAAAAGGUGUCUUCCCCUAAUUCCAGGUCCCACAUUUAUGAUUAUAUGCUGAAAAUAUGAUCAUAUCCAUGAUGAUUUUAAAAGCCUUUUAAGUGCAAUGGGAGGAAUGCUAGAAGAGAGACUGCCCUGUAAAUCUGCUCUUAAUCAUCACACCUGUCCUACAGAAAUGAUGCCUCUUUAUUUCAUAAUCUGAAUGUUUUCAGGGAUCAGUGAUUUUGCAUGACUUAAAGAUUUGUAAUUCAGGCUUCAAAACCCCAAAACUUCUGUAAGUUUUGCUCAUGUGGUUUGCAUUUCUUUUAUCAAAUGCAUGGUGUUGUGGUUGUGUGAUUGCAUUUUACAAGCUUUGUCCUUAGCAAGGAAGAGUUUUAACAUAUGCUGGAGAGGUCAGGUGUAAAAUACUUAACAAUAAAACUUCCUCCUCUAUUUUUAAAAUACAACACAGUUACUGUAAAACAAGUUAAUAUUUGUUUAAAAAAAGCACUUCAACAUGUUUGAAGCUCAUAAAUAAUUAAAUCACAUUUGGAAUUGUGCCUCUUGGAAUCUCUUUGUUUUGGGUUUUAUCGAAAUGCCUAAAUUAAUAUUUUGCCAAAUUUGGAGUUAAAUUUCCCAUUGUCUUUGAGAUCUUUGCAGAAACUCAGUUUCUUUCUAUGAAGACUAUAUUGCAACCUCAAAAGAGUUAAAGCCAUAUAAAAGUCUUUAAGUUUAUUGUAUUAAAGUAGCUGCUGUUAAAAACAUGUGGGUUUAUAUAAAAUAUAUAUACAGACUACUUUUAGCAUGUUAAAACACUGGUUUACAUGCUUGUAUUUAUUGAAAAUAGGAUCUGUAUUGUACAUUACAAAUACAAUAGUAUAUAUCAGAGUUAAGUUCUGGUGUGGGUUAUGCUAAAAAAUAAAAAUACCCAUGGUACACUGGCAAUUACAAGUGAGGUGAAUGAUUUAUUUUGUUUCUCUGGUAAAUACUGCAUUGUAUAAAUAGUUAUACUCCCAGUAUAUCACCUGAUAUAUUGGCCUCUGAUAAACUUUUUGUUUACUUCCUUUCAGAAAGCAAAAUGUUGAACUGAAAGGAUUUACUGCCUAUCUACAGUUAACAGAUAAAUUUUUUAUUGUGCUAAUCCGCUCUAAGUCACCUAAAUUUAAGUGUCUCAGCCACGUUUUUGGGUUCUGUGCUGGAUAAAUCCCAUGGACUUUGACAAGAGGAGAGCCAUAUUUUGGACACCAAUGUUUUCACUUUGAUGAAUUCUUGUUUAGCAGAACAUGGCAUAAUCUUACAUUGGAAAGAAUAUGAAGGAUAAAAAAGCUCUAGAGACUGUUUACCAAAAAAAGAUAUGGGAUAUUCAGGAUCUGCUUCCUGAAAGGUUCAGAUUUAUAUUGCCCACGCUGUAGUGGAAAGUCUAAUUAGAGGGUAGGAAGAGGGAUGCCUUAAUUACUCCUCUUGAUUUUACAGAAGAGCCUCAAUCAUAUGAAGGAUUUAGGGGUCAGAGAGGCAGAGACGGUGAGGGUAGCUCUGUCACCUUAGAGGUGAAAUCCCAAGUCCCAGGAAAGGUUCAAAUGUGUAGAAUAUUUUUCCAAGGCCUAUUCCAGUACAUGUGACACCACAAGUGCCUUUGAUUAGAGGGGUAUUACUCAUUCAAAGUAGAUUUCAAUGGUCAGUUUUGUUAUUCUGGGCUAAUUUUGAGAUCAUCUUUUGGCUCUUGUUUUUUGCUUCAAUUAACCUAGGUUAUUUCAAAGAAGAUCUUAGGUAAUGUGGGCUGUUCUGUCAUGAUUAUGUGAAAUGGAAAAACAGGAAACUAUGUAAAUAUUUGUUGUAAGCUAUUAUGAAAAAGUAGCUGAUUACCUCAAAUUUUAAAUAAACAGCUUUCUUUAGUAUUUUAA